CCGGCAUAUGUUCGAUAUCUACAGGAGCUGUGCCGUGUGCCUGGUUCUUCCUGGUGGCCUGGGAAGACUAAUCGAUCCGACAGAGCGAUCAACAUGGGCUCAGCGAGCUUGGACGCUACAGGAAGCGAUUGCUCCACCAGUUGUGCUGGUUGUGUUUCAAUGGAAAUUUUCAGACUGGUACCUCAGUCAUAACUGCGAACCUGUCGGAACAAUAGAGCCAUUCCAUUCGGAAUUCUCGGAUCAUGAGCAGGACAUGGUUGAGAUCCGCUUUCGAAUGCAGACCAUUACAAGGGAUCAGGCAUACCUUCUUUGGCUUACCAGAGAGGCAUCAAAGCCAAAUGACUUGAGUGAAGUUAACAGCGAUAAACUACAAGUGGCUUUGUGGAAGGCAACAUGGAUACGAAGUUCUUCUCGGCCAGUUGACAUGGUAUUUAGUAUCAUGGGGCUGUUCGGUGUGAGCCUAGAUCCCAGCAGAUUCCACCGAGAUGACCGGGUGGGAGCAACCCUGGCCCUGGCCUCGGCUGCGCUGCAGAAAGGUAGUUCUGCUGCAUGGCUUGGGGCAUAUCUCGAGUUAAAUCCAUGUCCCUUCAUGUCUAGCUUUCCCUCAAUUCCAAACACUUCGGAAAGUGGAGGCUGCACUAUUCGAACAGCCACCGGUUUUAUGAAUGUCGAAGAUCUGGCAUUCCCCCUCGUUCGAAGCGAGGAAGGUUCAAGCUCAUCUGCAAAUCGCAUAUCUGCUCAGAAUGGGGCAUGGGUCCUCGAUCCUUCAAAUAAAGGACACAGUCGGUAUUAUGCAAUCACAAUCGGCAGAAGAGCAUGGAUUGUACCGGGUGAGGAGCCUUGCUUGGGAUUCGCAGAUCCCAUUGUGCUGAUUAUCGUUAAACGACAUUCCACGAAACCCGACUUAUUCCACAGAAUAUCCCAUGCUAGUGUCACAAACCAUUUUAUUGCAAACUGGGGGGAGUAUGAAUUUGCUAUUGGGGGUCCAAACAAAUUUGGCUCGUAA